UGUCAUCUGUCUGUGUGGUGACAAUAAUUGAUGCCAAGCUUCCCCCAUGUGCACUUGUAGAGCACUGCACUACCAAUCCAGGUGAAAUCAGAUUUGAUACUUUCCUCCAUAGUUAGGAUGAUAGAAAGUGAUUUACCAUCUCUUAAAAGAAAAUUCUCCCUUCACGUCCACAACCGAAUAUUUUACUUGUUUAAAACCGAAAAAGGGAUCAAUCUAGUUUGUAUUUUUCUAUUUUUUGGAGAGAAUCUUGGGUCGCUUUUCUGAGGGCUAUCCUGUGGAUUAUAUUAAUGAGCUCGAAUCUGAACUGCCAAACUGAUUCCUUUGGAACGGAACUGCUUAGAUUUUGUUGUCAGAGAGACGACAUGUAGCUUAGCUUUAAUCGUGUAUGACAUAUAUCCCAAGCAAUUGCUAAAGAAAGGAAUUACUUCUUAAAGAGGCCAUCCAAGAUAAUACUAAACCCAAAAGGGUGGUAUUGCGGCUGGGAAUUUCAUCAAACCAAGGUCUCCCGUUGGUCCUGUGUUGUCAUAGCGCACAAUCUCUCCCCUCGCAGAAUUAAUUUGAGGAUCUGGUCCUUCUCUGUAGCUCUCACUCCUUCCUAUCUACCUUAAGAUAGGACAACCCAGCAGAACCAACAAGAAUCAUCCUCAACAAUGCCAAUGCCGACGUCCUGGAUGUUUCCUAGUUUGUCUAUUGCUGUCAUUUCUUUCUUCUCUUGCUCAUACGCUUCCACUUUCACCGUAACCAACAACUGCCCCUAUACUAUAUGGCCUGGCACGCUUGCAGGGUCAGGCACGCCUCAACUUACAAUGACUGGAUUUCAGUUGAAUUCUGGCCAAAGUGUUAGUAUUCCAUCGACACCGGGAUGGUCAGGACGGAUAUGGGCAAGGACAGGAUGCGAAUUUGAUGAGUUGGGAUCCGGCAAAUGUCAAACUGGGGACUGUGGGGGAAGGCUGGAAUGUGAUGGCAGUGGUGCCGCUCCGCCUACAUCCCUCUUUGAGAUAACCCUUGGAACAGGCAACGAGAAAGAUUUCUACGAUGUUAGCAUUGUAGAUGGCUACAACUUGCCGCUUGUUGCCGCACCAAGCGGGGUGUAUGGUGCAUGUAACGCCACAGGAUGCGCUUCAAAUAUCAACAUGGGUUGCCCAAAGGAGCUUCAGGUAGCAGGAGGAGGAGAGGAAGGAGUGGUUGCAUGCAAGAGUGCAUGUGAGGCUUUUAGGAUGGACCAGUACUGCUGCAGUGGAGAGUUUGCCAACCCAACAACAUGCCAGCCCUCCUUUUAUUCGGCCAUUUUUAAAAGGGCUUGUCCAAGGGCUUAUAGCUAUGCUUUUGAUGAUGGCACAAGCACUUUUACAUGCAAGGCUGAUGAAUAUGCCAUUAUUUUUUGCCCUGGUGUUAAUGGGGUGAAAAAGCCAGAUGAUCCAAUGUUCAUCCCUCCAAUGCAAAAGCAGAGCAAUAGGGAGGUUGAGGGGAUUGUAUCUUCGUCAAACAUCCUCCUCCCUCUUCCGAUUCUGGUUUUUCUGCUCAUCCUAAAGCUUAUUCUUCUGAACGCUGAAUAUUAGUUUACAGCCUUGGACAGCAUAAAUUGACCCUACAACAGAACCUCAAAUGUCCAUUUGAAGGGGAAUAUUUACUGAAUCAGAGAGGGACUGCAAAAAGGAAGAAACAAAUUGGAAGUAGUAGGCUUAUUUUGUAGGGGAAUUUAAAAUGCAUAAAGAUCUUCAUGAGUUCACCAAGGACUUUAAUUUGUAGCUGAUCCAUGAAUCCAUGCUUUGUUGUCAAAAUGUGCUUAACCUUGUAUUUCAAUCGGUCACAGUACUUGUAAUAAUCUUGGAAGGAAUGGAGCAACCCAACUUAUAUCACAAGUUUCCCUAAUUGAAUCAGUUUAAAAUGUACAUCA